ACAAACAAACAAAAAAGCAAUGACCCCAUUGGGGUUGGAUCUGCAGGUGUCCCCUCCUUGGGAAGCCUCCCCAAGUUGCCUUCAGGCCCCAGCCCCCAUCGAUGUAGAACAGUCUGCAAGGACAGCCCCCACGGCAUCCCUAAGGUCAGGCCAGGUCUGAGCCCCUACCCUUUCCUUCCCUGCCACCUCCCCCAGCAGGGCUUCCUGGGCACGGAGAGGCUGCAUCUGUACCUCUUGAGCCAGUUCUCGCUGGGCUGCGGGCUGACCUGUGGCCUGAGCUUCCUGCAGGAGGGCGCCCCCCACCGCACCUUCAACCUGCUGCUGGGCCUGGGCCUGGCCGCCCUGCUCAGCACCUGGGCCCGGCGUCUGCGAAGGCAUGUCUGCAACCUCUAUGAGCUGCACAGCAGUGAGAACUACUGUGGGGUCUGCCUGGGCCUGCUGGCCGGCGCGGACAUCCUGCCCCGGCUGCUGGGCCACUCGCUGGCCGUCGCCUUCGCGGUGGGAGACCUGGCAGCCGUGGCCCUCAUCAACCAAGACUUCCCGACCACCUCGGAGGCCGUGCGCUUCUGGGCACCGCUGACCAUCUGCUACACCCUGCUGGUCAUCUACAUGCAGGAAGAGCAGCGGCAGAAUCCGGGUCUACAGGGCCAGAUUCAGACUGUGCUGCUGCGCAUGGGCGGCCUGUUCAUUUUGUUGCUGACGGUGGGCAGCUGGCUGGACCUGCUGGGCCUCUCCUUCUCCCUGCUGGGCGAGCUCUGGUGCCUGGUGGGCAUCCGUACCCUGCUCGACCUUUGCCAGGUACAGGAUUUUCCAUUCCAGAAGCCCUUGGUGUCAGCCGCAAGCCAGCCACGACAACCAGCACCUGCUCAGAGCCAGGAGACAGACCCCUCCUGACCUGACUCUGGGAGGACUUGGCAUCUGUCUCAGAGCCGCCCAGGCUCGCCGAGAGGUCCAGUCUCAGGACACAGCCUGGGUUAAGCGCGUGUGGCGCAAAGCACAAGGACUGGCGGCCUAAAGAUCUUGGGUCAAGCCCCUGGCUCCCCACCUGCAGGGGAGUUGCUUCACAGGCGGUAAAGCAGGUCUGCAGGUGUCUGUCUUUCUCUUCCCCUCCUCACUCCAUUUAUCUCUGUCCUAUCCAACAAUGAAGACAGACAACAAUUAUAACUACAACAAUAAAACAACAAGGGCAACAAAAAGGAAAUAAAAAAUAUUAAAAAAAAAUAAUAAUACUCUUGUUCUCCCCACCUGCAGGGGAGUUGCUUCACAGACAGUGAAGCAGGUCUGCAGGUGUCUGUCUUUCUCUCCCCCUCUCUGUCUUCCCCUCCUCUCUCCAUUUCUCUCCAUCCUAUCCAACAACGAUGACACCAAUAACAACAACAAUAAAACAAUAAGGGCAACAAAAGGGAAUA